AGCACAACAGGCGGGAACAUAAGUACAGCCAUGGAGAGUAUUCUGGAGGUGUCGUCGGCCAAGCUGGCAGCGGGCGCCGUGGCGGUGGCGGCGGGGGCAUACUACCUGGCCUCCCGCCCGUCUCCCAUCCCACCGCCCUGCCCGCUCGAUCGCCAGUCUGUGGAGGUGGAGGGCCAGGACGGAGCCCACAUUUCCACCAGGUGCAAGGAUGGAAAAUUACUGGAAUACCUUUACGAUGACGUCACAACCACAUACGAAGGGUUUCAGAGGGGCAUCAGGUUGACAAACGGGACAGGACGAUGUCUUGGUUGGCGAGCAGCGCCUGAAGAACCUUACCAGUGGAUGACAUAUCAACAGGUGCACGAGAGCGCCCUCCGUUUCGGCUCGGGUCUGCUGGAGAAAGGCCUGUCCCCCGGUCAAGACACCUUUGUCGGGAUCUUCUCACAGAAUCGACCAGAGUGGGUGAUAGCUGAGCAGGCGUGCAGUGCGUUCUCCAUGGUGGUUGUUCCUCUGUACGACACACUGGGACCACAGGCCAUCAAAUUUGUCAUAGAACAGGCGAAUCUCCACACCAUUGUGUGUGACGUGGAGAAGAAGGUGUCCUCCAUUCUCGACAAUGUCCAGGACCUGUCCACGGUCAAGAGAAUCGUGCUCAUGGAGAAGAUCACUGAUGAACUCAAGAAACGAGCCACCUCAUUGGGUGUUGAGAUAAUGACGUUUGAUGACGUGGAGGAAGCAGGAAGGAAAAACCCACAUGAUGCUGUUCCUCCUCGUCCAGAAGACUUGUUGACGAUUUGCUACACCAGCGGCACUACAGGAGUUCCCAAAGGUGUGAUGCUGACUCACAGGAACAUCAUCACAAACAUCAGUGCCGUGCUGAAACACGUAGAGGGAUACCUGUGCCUGGGACCUGAUGACAUGCAUGUUUCCUACUUGCCUCUUCCACACCAGUUUGAGAGAUCAUUGCACGUAAUGUUCUUCAUGACGGGUGUUCAGAUCGGAUUCUUUGGUGGUGACGUAAAGAAACUGCUUGACGACUUCCGGGUACUCCGGCCUACCAUCUUCCCGUCUGUCCCACGGCUUCUGAAUAGGAUAUAUGACAAGGUCCACGCCGGAGUACAAGGUAGCGCUAUCAAGAAGAAACUUCUGGAAAUCGCCCUGAGGAGCAAAUGUGCGGAAGUGAAAAGAGGGAUUGUCCGACGUGACAGUAUUUGGGAUACCUUGAUCUUUGGCAAAGUACAAAAUCUGCUGGGAGGUCGUGUGAGGUGCCUGAUCACUGGAUCAGCUCCUCUGUCGGAGACGGCUAUAACUUUCCUGAGGGCGGCGCUGGGUUGUGCGGUCUAUGAAGGAUAUGGACAAACAGAGGCGAAUGCUGGAGUUUCCUUUUCCACACCUGGAGAUCACAGUACCGGUCACGUUGGUUCUCCACUGACCUGCAACCUUAUAAAGCUUGUGGACAUUCCGGAAAUGGACUACUACACUAGGAACAACCAAGGGGAGGUUUGCGCCAAGGGUCCGAACAUCAUGAAGGGAUAUUACAAGGCCCCCGAGAGAACAGCAGAAGCGCUUGAUGAGGACGGCUGGUUGCACACAGGAGACGUGGGGGAGUGGCUGCCGAACGGCGUUCUCAAGAUCAUUGACAGAAAGAAGCACAUUUUCAAGCUUGCACAGGGAGAGUACAUCGCUCCGGAGAAAGUGGAGAGUAUCUACACCAGCAGCCCACUGGUGGCACAGGCUUUCGUUCACGGAGAGAGCCUCAAGGCAUCGUGUGUUGGAGUUUUUGUCCCCGAUCCUGAGGUGUUGCCAGGUUGGGCCAAGAACAAUCUGAACCUGAAGGGCACCAUGCAAGAGUUGUGCAUGAAUAAGACUGUGAAGGACGCCAUUCUAGAAGAGGUAACCAGUUUGGGGAGACAACGUGGCCUUCAUUCAUUCGAGCAGGUAAAGGCCGUUCACCUGCAUCCUGAGCUCUUCAGCCUGGAGAACGGCCUGCUCACCCCGACCUUCAAGUCUAAACGGUCCGCCCUGAAGUCAACAUUCCAGUCACAGAUCGACGAAAUGUACCAAAAUCUUGCCUGAAAGAAUCCAGUCAACAUGGUAUAGGUUAUUGUGUCUAUAAACAAACACAAGUGUUGAAGAGAUUGAUUUGUCACGUAUAGAUACAGUUCCUAGUGAAUUCUUUCAUCAGUGACAACUUUGGAAGAAUAAG